AUGUGGCUGCUGUGCACCCAGGUGGCAGGUAAACGUCUCUUUUGCGCCGACUUCUUGGACUGCCCUCCCACUCAGCCAGUGGUGAAGCUUCUGCUCUUCACAGAAGAGCACGGGCCAUGCGGCACCCCAUUGCACUCUGCACCAGGCCCCCGAGGGGCGCUCUGGGAUCCAGCAAGGCCCACUGUGGUGAUCGUGCCCGGGAGGCGGCCGCCUAGAGCACGACCCGGCUGGGUGAGGCGCACCGCGCUGGCGCUGCUGGCGACCACACGGAGCAACGUGCUCGCGGCAGACUGGCUUCUGCCAAAGGACCUGGAGAUGAUAAGCGGUGCCCUUGAAGUGGGGAAGAGGCUGGCAAACAUCCUGAGGGCACUGGUGGCCGAAGGCUCCUCCCCGGAUAAGGUCCACCUCGUUGGCUUUGGAGUAGGGGCACACAUAGCUGGCAUUGCUGGAGCCAGUCUGAACGGCACCAUUGGAAGAAUCACAGGUCUGGACCCCUUUGCCCCAAACUUCACAGAAACAGGUUCAUCUCACACUCUGGAUUAUGCUGACGGGCAGUACGUGGAUGUGGUGCACACCAACUUUAACCCCAACGAGCCAGUGGCAGCACUAGGCUCCUCCCAGCCCGGAGGUCACGUUGACUUCUACGUUGGGAACGGAUACCAGCUGCCCGGCUGUCCAAAGGGACUCAUUGGAAGAGAGAAGUAUGUGCUGUGUAGCCAUCAACGUGCUAAACAGCUCUUCGCGAGCUCCAUCCUCUCAACCUGUCCCAUGACAGCCUUCCCCUGCCGCUCCUUUGCCGACUUCAAGAAAGGGCUGUGCACGGACUGCAACUCGUCUGGGCUCCACGAAUGUCCGCGGCUGGGUUACAACAUCAGCUGGCUGACUCGGGAGCGCCCCGUUCCGUUCCGGCACCUCAGUGUGGUCCUGGAUGUUACGCCGGUCGCCCCUUUUUGCGUCGCCCCAUUUCUUCUGGAGCUACACGUCGGAGGAGAUACCCCUUUGGAAGCUCAGCUGUUGGUCCAGCUAAGUGGCAUGUCAACGAGGACACCUACCAUGGCGUUGACAGGUCAAUCGAUGAUCCAAUUCAACCCAACAAAAGUGUACCGGUUUCUGGUGUCGGCAGACCACGAUGACGAAUAUAUUACGCUGUUGAUGGAGUUCUACACCGAACGCUUCCUCUACCUGAACUGGAGGAAAAGGAGGGUCAAAAUUGAUCACCUCCUGCUCGCUCGACUACCAGGAGAUCGAGGGACGGAGUUCUCUGAUGAAGACUUGCCUCCGAAACGCACCAUCCAGCCCAACAAACGAGCAACGUCCGAGACGCCCCCGUCGAAGCAGCGGAGCAUGGAGCCGCGGAGCCAGGCGUGGGACUGGGACAGCUCGCGGUGCCGGGCCCAGCUGGAUGAAGUGUUCUUCCGUCCGCACGACUACAUCCAGGCGGGCAGCUCCGAGCACAAGGACUUCUGGGCUUUCUUUGAGCGCUUCCAGCGGUUCAAGCAGAAGAAGGAGAUGUCGGGAUCGAAGGACGGAGCAGACGCCGAUCUUAAACAGCGGGCCGGAUGCAAGAAGAAUGAUGUUGGGGGCGUUGACCUUGGGCUUCCCGAGGAGUACGACGCCCGCUACCGGAUCAACGUAUCGGUGUGCACUCAGGACGUGGAGGAGCGACUCGGUGGGAAGGAGCGACGACGGAGCGCUUCCAAAGGCCCAGGGAGCGAGGAAGUGGCUGCCUGCCGCCUGGCCCUGCUCCACUACCUGGACUUCAGCCAGAAGCAGAGCUUUGCCAAGCUGGCCAAGCUGCGGCGGGAGCAGAGGAGCCUGCCCAUCUUCCAGUACAAGGACAGGAUUGUGGAUCUGGUGAGGAGGCACCCGGUGGUGGUGGUGGCCGGGGACACGGGCUGUGGGAAGUCCACCCAGGUGCCCCAGUACCUGCUGUCUGCCGGCUUCGACCACAUCGCCUGCACUCAGCCUCGGCGCAUCGCCUGCAUCUCCCUGGCCAAGAGGGUCAGCUUUGAGAGCCUCAACCAGUACGGCUCCAAGGUGGGGUACCAGAUCCGCUUCGAGACCAGCCGAACUUCUGCCACCAAGCUGCUGUUUCUGACCGAGGGGCUGCUGCUGCGGCAGAUCCAGCGGGACGGGGAACUGGGACAGUACCAGGUGCUGAUCGUGGAUGAGGUGCACGAGAGGCACUUGCACUGCGACUUCCUGCUGGGGGUGCUGCGCUCGCUGCUAGCCGUCCGCCCAGACCUGCGCCUCGUCCUGAUGUCAGCCACCAUCAACAUCAAGCUGUUCUCCACCUACUUUCACAACGCUCCUGUGCUGCAGGUGCCAGGCAGGCUUUUCCCCAUACAGGUGAUCUACCAGCCUGUGCCUCCUGAGGAGCUGUCCUCCCGCUCCGAGAAGCUGGACCCCCGGCCAUACCUGCGUGUGCUUCAGAGCAUAGACCACCGCUACCCAGCCGAUGAGAGGGGUGACCUCCUGCUGUUCCUCAGUGGUGUGGCGGAGAUUGAUUCUGUCCUCGAAGCCUGCCAGACGUAUGCCCAGCACACACGUUGCUGGAUUGUGCUACCCCUGCAUAGCACCCUCUCUCUAGCGCAGCAGGACAAGGUGUUUGACGUUGCCCCUCCAGGAGUUAGAAAGUGCAUUAUUUCCACCAACAUCGCAGAGACGUCAGUCACUAUUGAUGGGGUACGCUUCGUUGUGGAUUCAGGAAAAGUGAAGGAGAUGAGUUUUGACCCAAAGGCGAAGAUGCAGCGGCUGCAGGAGUUCUGGAUCAGCCGGGCUAGUGCAGAGCAGCGUAAGGGUCGAGCGGGUCGCACUGGCCCGGGGGUCUGCUACCGUCUGUAUGCGGAGUCAGAUUAUGAGGCCUUCGCCCCCUACCCUGUCCCCGAGAUCCAUAGAGUGGCCCUGGACUCUCUUGUGCUCCAGAUGAAGAGUAUGGGGCUGGGAGACCCCCGGUCCUUUGCCUUUAUUGACCCUCCGCCGGCCGCCAGCAUCCAGACAGCGGUGACCUACUUGAAGGAGCAGGGAGCGCUUGACUGCCAUGAGGAGCUGACCUCCAUCGGGAGUCUGCUGGCACAGCUGCCCGUCGAUGUGGUCAUUGGGAAAAUGCUGGUCCUGGGCUCUGUGUUCAGCCUGGUGGAACCAGUUCUGACAGUGGCUGCAGCUCUUAGCGUGCAGUCACCCUUCCUGCGCAGCGCCCAGCAUAAUCCCGACUGCUCCACCGCAAGGCAGCCUCUGCAGAGCGACCAAGGAGACCCCCUUACCUUGCUGAACACCUUCAACGCCUGGGUGCAGGUAAAGGGGGAGCGAGGUGGAGGAUCCAGAAAGUGGUGCCGCCGCCGGGGACUGGAGGAGCAGCGGCUGUAUGAGAUGGUUAACCUGCGGCGCCAGUUCAAGGAUCUGCUGUCCAGCCACGGGCUGCUUACAGAGGAGCAGAGCGCCCCCUAUAGCCAGGACCGGCAGCGGCGCAGGGAGAUGCAUAGUGAGCGGCGUCGGCUCCAUCAGCUGAAGCGGGAGCACGAGCAGCAGGAGGGCAGGCGGCGCAAAGUGCUGAGGCUGGAGGAUGGAGAGGAGGCUCUGGGGUCUUCGGGGUCUGAGGGGGAGGACGGCAGGGGAGGAAGGAAGAACAAGGAUGCUGCUGGAGGAGCUGUGGACAUACAGGACGUCAAGUUCAAGCUACGUCACAAUGUGUCAAAGCUGCAGGAGGCAGCCAGCGCCAGCCAGGACUUGUCCUCCCGCCAGCAGGCCCUGCUCCGACUGCUGCUGUGUCGCGGGCUGUACCCCCAGCUGGCUCUGCCGGACGAGCACAAUGCCACACGCAAGGACUCGGAGCAGGUAUUCCACACACGGAACAAGCACGGCGUGGUGAUCCACCCCACCAGCGUGUUCGCCAGCAACCCCGAGGUGCUGCACGUCCCCGAGCAGGAACCAGGUGCCGAGAAGAAUGCUAGUUCCAAACACCAGCUGCUGGCCUUUGUCACCCUGCUGGAGACCAACAAGCCCUAUGUGUGCAAUUGCAUACGUGUCCCGGCCCUUCAGGCCCUGCUCCUGGUGGGUGGCUCACUGGACAGCAAUGCCGACUGCACGCGCUUGGUGGUUGAUGGCUGGCUGGAGCUGGCCUUGUCUGACGGAGAGGCGGCCCUGCGCCUGCUGUCCACCGCUCUGAGGCUCCGUGCCGACUGGGAGCGCCUCCUGCAGGCGCAGCUGGGCGCAGGUGCCGAGGGGGUGUUUGUCCCGCACAAAGAGGUGGAACGACUGAGCGACGGCCUGGUGCGCUUCCUGCUGUACACCGAGGUAAGCUACGCACUGCGGCGCCUCACUGCUCUGGAAUCCCAGAACCUGUACGUCGGACCUCAGGCACACGUGGACUCUGUAGGAGGCCUGGCGGUGAAUGCACUCCUGCCUGGAAUCGAAGCUCAUCCAGAUCCCAUCAAGGGAGGUCUCAGGGUCACCAGCUUCUUCACCUUCAACUGUCUGAGUGACUCAAAGGACUUGUACAGCGAAUGUCUUCGGGCUUUCUGGAGCUGCCCGCACUGCGACUUCUAUAUGCCUGUCACACCCUUGGAGCGAAUGCACCACGAGGCCACCUGCAGGCCACCCGGGGAGUCGCAGUCUGUGGAAGAGUCAGAGAGUGAACAGACUCACUCCACGUCAGCCUCUUCCAGCCUGGCCAGGGUCUACCACUGUGACAUCUGCAACAAGGACCUGACCCUUACCUCCACUGAGAUCUUGAAACAUAAGAGGCAGCACCUCUGAAGACCAGUGCAGAAGAGGGUGCAGAAAUGAGAGUAAAAGUGGGUUAAAAUCAAGCGCUCGACUCUGAGAAAAGCACCUGGGUGCAGCAGUCUGCAGUGUUGUCAGUCAUGGGUGGACUAGGAAUGCCUUCUGUGCCUUCAAGAUCAUGGGUUGUUUUCUUGUUUUUCUUCAGACUGUUUUUCAAUAAAUAAUUGGAGGUGAUUUCUAUCACACUGCUUUAGAGCCAUUAUUAAUACGGUAACCCUUUCAGUCCCUGUAAAUUAUUACAUUGAAAAUAAUAAUAAAUUAGUAUUCUAAAUAUUAUUUGUCCUCCAUAAAACACUGCAUAUUCAAAAUGAAACAAUUCUGUUUUUGCUGGAUUUAGACACCAUGUAUGGGUCAUACGUACUUUGAAUGUCGCACAGUCCGAUUGUAUCUCUGUUAUAGAGUCAAAUCUUUACUCCCAUCAUGUGGACAUUGUAGAUAUUGUAGGUAUAUUUUAACAGAACUGGAUACACAUGUGUAGAGAACCUUGUAAGCGUCACUUCUUUUUUGAAUAUUGGUAUUAAAGAACCACAGUGGAAGUAUAACCUUCCACACCAAAUGGAAACUGCCAGCAGAAAAAUGCCACAUACCAUACAAAGGGCAUCGGGUUUGAGUCCCUUUUGAGGUAACAUUUUACACUUACUCAAUUACUUGUGCUUAAUUUUUUUGAGGAGUGGUGCUUUUCAUGGUAAAUGUUGCAAAUGUUUACAUAUACAGUAAAGAAAAAAGUUUUAUUUCUAUCAUUGUUACUUCUGAACUCUUUGCGUUGAAUGUUUUACCUUUUCACCUACCGAGUCGCCGUUACCACAGACCAUGAGCAAGACCUCUUCGCUGUCAGUGGACUUCUGUCAUUUCCAUUGGCUGCCAUUGCAGUCAGUUCCAAUGUGCCCUACCCAGCCACAUAAAAAGACUAUUUAGUUACCUGUUCUUCAUAACAGAAUUGAGGUGAAGUUGGGUGACAGUGGCCUAAAACACAGGAGUAAACUACAGCAUGAUUCAAAACAGCAGAAAUUCCGUAUUUUCAAGUUGCCAGGUCAGACUCAUAAUCUCAGUCCUAUUGAAGUAUCAUAGUGUGAUUUGAGGAAGGCCAUUCGAGCAAGACAUUCAAAAAAUAAACAUGAAGUGAAACAGAGGUAGAUAGAGAAGAUUGAUGGUGUUUGUAGCUCGGGUUGUUGAUUCGGAUGUUCAGGUGUUCGCCGAGCUUGGCAUCCAGACUGCAGACGUUUCAUCACCAGUCGAGGUGACAUCAUCAGUUUAAUGACGCAAUGCAUUAAGCAAUGAUGACGUCAACUUGGCUGGUGUUGAAAUGUGUGCAGUCUGCAUUCCAAGCUUGGCGAACAACUGAAUGAAGUGAAACAGUUUUGUGUAGUCAAAUGGGACGAAAUACCUCCUCACCACUGUGCACAUCUCAUUAGCAGCUACAAAAAGUGCUUGGUUGACGUUAUAGCCGAUAAAGGAGGUUCCGCUAGUCAUAAAG